AUGUCGACUGUUUUGACAACAUGGCCUACGGGCGUGAGCGCUCCUUAUACGACAGAUAAUGACCAUAACCAUAGUGGGCUGGUUGUGGUGAUCACCGCGAUCAACUUGUGUCUGGUUCUACUUUCUCUCGCUGCACGCACCUUCUCUUCGUUCAGUAAGAAUAGACUGCAGCGAGAUGAUUACACAUAUUGGGCUCUCGUGCUUGCAGCAAUCAUCCAGAUUAUAAUCGUGUUUUGCCAGGUCCACUAUGGGUGGGGAACUCCUAUCGAUGGCAUCGACACCACGAGCAAAUUGCAAAUGUUAAAGGCUCCCCGCUGGGAAGUCAUUACUGCCCUCGACAUUGCUACUGAGAUUUCACUUCUUGUGUAUGCGGCACUUGCAAUCCAUCAAGUCAGGAUCUCGACAAAGAAAAAGAUCAUCGUGUUUUGCGCUCUCGAGAGUCGGAUGCUGCUCAUUCCCCUCGCGGCAGUUCGUCUACACUUCAUCCUGGUACAACUCUCCUCAAACGAUCCAACUCUCAUCGGGUCCUACGCCACGGUCUCAACGGAGAUAUACAUAGGGCUAAGUGCCAGCUGCCACUUGACGGCCUUCCUCAAGUCCUUCAUUGCAGUCUACGAAGAUGAUAUGGGGUUAACAUACACAUAUCGGGGGCCGUCAAAAACUGAUUCCCGGUCAAGAAGUUCUGCGCCGAAUGAUUCUCAGUCGCAAACACAUUCUCGCAAAGUCUCUCGUGGUGUGAGAACAGAGCGAGGAGUAAAGGGCUGGGAACGAGAAGAAGACCCCAUUAUCGAAUCAUCGGAGGGGAGUCUGGUUGAGCCUUGGAAGGCCGAGGCUAAUAAUGAGUACUCUGCUCGAGUUAGCUCUAAAAUAAGAUCAACCGAGUAG